AUGCCUCCCUCCAAGCGAAACCGGGUCAUCCCGACGUCCAAGACGCGCAAAAAUCGCAAGGAACUCGUCCGACGCCUUGCCGCAAACGUGCAAGAAGCGGCGGAGAAAUACUCGUACAUCUGGGUCUUUGACGUGCAGAACAUGCGCAACAACUUCAUCAAACAAGUCCGCAAAGAGUUCGACGACUCGCGGAUCAUGAUGGGCAAGACCAAAGUCCUCAUGGUCGGGUUGGGCCAGACGGAGGAGACCGAAUGCGUCCCCGGCGUCAGUGCACUUGGGCCUCAUGUCAAAGGCGAGGUCGGUCUGCUUUUCACGGACCGUGAGCCCAAGGAGGUGGAGGAGUACUUUGAGGAUUUCCUGGCCGAGGAUUUCGCAAGAAGUGGCAGUGUUGCGACCCGUGAAGUGCGGAUCCCGCCUGGCCCGAUCCACACCCAGUAUGGCGUCCCUGGCGGUGAGGACGAUCCGCUGCCCAUUCAGAUCGAACCGACUCUGCGGAAGCUGGGGAUUCCGACCCGUCUACAAAAGGGCACGAUCGUCUUGGAAGAGCCCGCAGACGGGUCGAUGGUCGAAGAGGAGGGAUAUGUGGUUUGCAGAGAGGGAGACACUCUGGAUUCGCGACAAACUUCCAUUCUGAAGAUUCUCGGCGUCAAGAUGUCCGAGUUUAAGAUUGAGCUGAAGGCAGUCUUUGACAAGAAGGAGGCGACCGUUCGGGAGGUUGGCGAAAUGGACGUGGACGCCGCUGCCUGA